AAUAUAAAAUUAAGUUAAUUGUUUUUAAAGCACUGCCCUCAUCACUGCCAUCUGUUCCUCAUUGUUCUCACCUGUUUUCCAUUCCAUCAUUAGUUCUUGUUUUUAUAUAUGCCCUCUAGUUUUUGCAUUCCUUGUCAGUUCUUGUUUGUUGUUGUUUUGAGUUCCUGUUUGUUUGUUUCACUGUCAUAAUUUUUAUUAAAAGCCUGCAAAUAGAUCCUACGUCUCCCGUCUCAUCUCAGUAACUACUCGUGACAGAAGAACUGACCCACAUGGAUCUAGCGGCUGUCCGAAUCCUGCUACUAAAGCAAGGGGACCGUCCAGUUGAAGAUCACGUCCGUGAGUUUUUAGAAUUAGUGAAUUUAGUGCACAAUCCAGACCGCUCUCUGGUGGUUUUCUUCCGGACCGGUCUGAAUAGUGCACUGAAGGAACUGAUGCCUCCGGCUGAUCCUCACUGGACCCUCUGUGAAUAUGUGGAGAAGGCUCUGGAACUUUGCGGUUCCCAUUACACAGUGGAUUAUGGUGGGAACCCCAGGCCAAAACCUGCAUCUUUGGCUCCUUGCUCCAAGCCUUCCAUGGCCAACAGGCCAGCGCCCAUGCCUGCCAUGGCCAACGGACCAGCGCCUAUGCCUGCCAUGGCCAACGAGCCAGCGCCCACACCUGCCACAGCCAACGAGCCAAUGCCAAUGCCUGUGGCCUCGCCCGCUCCUGUGACUACGCUCCCACGUCACUCCCACGGUCGUUCCCCAGUCGCUGCCAGCUCUCAUCGAGCCUCCCACAGCUCUGCCUUCCAUGGCUUCACCCCUCGAGCCUCCCACGGCACUGCCAUCCAUGGCUUCGCCCCUCGAGCCUCCCACGGCUCCGCCUUCCAUGGCCUCUCCCCUCGAGCCUCACAUGGCUCCGCCUUCCAUGGCGCCGCCCCUCGAGUCUCCCACGGUUCCGCCUUCCAUGGCUCUGCCCCUCGAUCCUCCCACGGCUCCGCCUUCCAUGGCUCUGCCCCUCGAGCCUCCCAUGGCUUCGCCUUCCAUAGCUCCGCCCCUCGAGCCUCCCACGGCUCCGCCUGCCUUCGUCGAGCCUCUCCCAUCUCCACCCUUAGAGUCUUCCAUGGCUCCGCCCGCUCCCCCAGAGACUCCUCCUCCAGCGGUUCCACCCGCUCCCCCAGAGACUCCUCCUCCAGCGGUUCUGCCCGCUUCUCCAGAGACGACUCCUCCAGCGGUUCCGCCUGCUCCCCUACAGACUCCUCCUCCAGCAGUUCCGCCUGCUCCUCCAGAGAUUCCUCCUCCAGUGGUUCCGGCCACCCUCCCAAAGACUCCUCUUACAGCAGCUCUGCAUGCCCCUCCUCUGGCGGCUCCACCGCCAGACUCGGUCCCUGCCCUGUGGCCACCUCCCAGGCCUCCUGACCCUGUCCCCACUCUGUAGCUGCCUCCCAGGCCUCCUGACCCAGUACCGGCUCUGUGGCUUCCUCCCACAUCACUCCCACGGUCAUUCCCCAGUCGCUGCAAGUGCUCCCGAUCACGGAGGUCUGUUCCCAGUCGCUGCCAGCUCUCGUCGAGCCUCCCACAGCUCUGCCUUCCAUGGCUUCACCCCUCUAGCCUCCCAUGGCACCGCCAUCCAUGGCUUCACCCCUCGAGCCUCCCACGGCACUGCCAUCCAUGGCUUCACCCCUCGAGCCUCCCAUGGCUCCGCCUUCCAUGGCCUCUCCCCUCGAGCCUCCCACGUCUCCGCCUUCCAUGGCCUCUCCCCUCGAGCCUCACAUGGCUCCGCCUUCCAUGGUCCCAGCCCUGUGGCUGCCUCCCAGACCUCCCGACACAGUCCCUGCCCUGAGGCUGCCUCUCAGACCCCCGGACCCAGUCUCUACCCUGAGACUGCCACCCCCCCCACCAGACCUCCGGACCCAAUCCUUACCCUGGGGUCUCCUCCCUGGACACCUGGUCAUCUUCUGAGUCCCCUUCCUGUACCUGCCAGGAGUCGCCCCUUAAAGGGGGGGUUAUGUCACAGUCUGUCUCCCUCGUGUUUCCUAGGACUCUUAUUUUGAAGUGUUUCCCCUGGACUACAUUACCCAUCACACACUGCCCUCAUCACUGCCAUCUGUUCCUCAUUGUUCUCAUCUGUUUUCCAUUCCCUCAUUAGUUCUUGUUUGUAUAUAUACCCUCUAGUUUUUGCAUUCCUUGUCAGUUCUUGUUUGCUGUUGUUUUGAGUUCCUGUUUGUUUGUUUCACUGUAAUCAUUUUUAUUAAAAGCAAAUUGAUCCUACAUCUCCCGUCUCAUCUCAGCAACUACUCGUGACAGGUUGGGUGGCCGCAGCAGGGGGAGCAUGUGCCCUGGAUCACCACCAUGCACGGUAGCCUGGAGCUAUUAGUAAAUACAGAAUUGUUCAAAAGGUCCUUCGUAUUCCACAUCACAUAAAUAUACAUACACACCCCUUGUCUACAGCAAAGCUAAUAUAUACAUAGUUUUUUCCCCUCCCUCUUAUUAUUACAUCUCUACACAUAUUAAUGUUAGUAUACAUAGAUAAAAAUACAUAUACAAAAGUUAAUUUGCUAAAGUUGUACCAUAUACCCACUAUUUAUUUGUUCAACAGGUUUCUUAAAAGAAAUAUAUACAUACAGUGGCAUGCAAAUUUUGGGCACCCCUGAUCAAGGACAGCAAAAGAUGGCCUGAUUUCCAAAAGGCAUAAAGUUAAAGAUGACACAUUUCUUUAAUAUUUUAAGCAAUUUUACUUUUUUAUAUCCAUCUUUUACAGUUUCAAAAUAAAAAAAAUGAAAAGGGCCCGAAGCAAAAGUUUGGGUACCCUGCAUGGUCAGUACUUAGUAACGCCCCCCGGCAAGUAUCACAGCUUGUAAAAGCUUUUUGUGUUUUUCAGUUCUUGUUUGGGGGAUUUUCGCCCAUUCUUCCUUGCAAAAGGCUUCUAGUUCUGUGAGAUUCUUGGGCUGUCUUGCAUGCACUGCUCUUUUGAGGUCUAUCCACAGAUUUUCGAUGAUGUUUAGGUCGGGGGACUGUGAGGGUCAUGGCAAAACCUUCAGCUUGCGCCUCUUGAGGUAGUCCAUUGUGGAUUUUGAGAUGCAGAUAUCCCAGGCAGGCAUAAAACAAACUCCACGACUUUGGCUAAGACUCUGAAGUUGAUGGUCUUGCUCUGCACCUCACGAAAAACGUCUGUCCAACUCUCAGACAUGGCCAUCUUCUUCAAGUGACAAUGUUUUUUGUGCAAGCCCACUCAUCAAAGAGCGUGGUUUCAUCAAUCAAACUGAGAGUGGGGAUUCUGGAGUAAAAGUGGUCAAGGCUGCUCUGAAUGUCUCUGGGAUGUCUCUCAGUAGGGCCCACUCAAGUUUUUCUGUGUUCUCCAAUGAGCGGCUCCAAUUUUGGAAGUAUUCCACCGAUGCUGAAUAAAAGUUUCUGACUGUACAAAAGAAAUAAACCGCUCACAUGUCACCAGCUUCAACCAGGGCAUCCAACUGCUUUUUAAUGUCAGAGGGUACGAAUGAUUCCUCCAGCCUGGCCUGCAAGACUUUUCUCAGGUCAUGAAUGUGUAAAGAUUUGGCUGUGCACAACAGAAUGAUAAGCAAAAAGUCCUUCACCUGCAUGCACCAUGCCAGAUUCUGAACUUUGCUUCACACACACACACACACACACAAAAACAAAAAAACAAUUGGUGUGGCACACUUCCUUUUAGUAGCAUACACACGCUGCGCAAUAUCGGUGCGGCCUCCGUGUGCGAUUAAAAAGCGAGCCCCACAAAUCUCACACCUCACUUUACUAGGCUCUGUCUGUGACUCCUUUUUUAGAAAUGUAAACUCUUUUUGAAGAUCCACAUUAAAUGUACAUGCACGCUUCCUUGACAUUUUCCAGCCGCAAUUUCAUCUGUGUGCUCAAAACUGACUCUUCAAUCAGUUCACUAACUGGACGUAUAUUGAUAGGGGAUUGUGAUUGGAUAGUUUAAUCCAAUCAUGUACAAUAACACAGUGUGAUUUUAUUGGUUUUACAAGCCUUAUCCUUGGCUACCUUUGAUUAGAAUACUCACAUGACUGAGAAAGCCGCAUAGGCGAUAGAGAAAUUUUAGGAGAGGGGAAAUAUGGGACAAAACACGAUUUUUUCUGAAUAAGUCAGGACACUAGAAAAAGUGCUUAAAUACGGGACUGUCCCGGAAAAAUGCGUAUAUAUGUGCGUUACUCCUUGUUAUUAUGAGGCUUGUUUGAGAUGCUAAAUGCCUCGCCUUGAAAGUAGACGCAGCAAGCUGGUGCAGUCAGGGAGGAGUGAAUUAAGUUCUGUCAAGUCGGACAGUUCUCACUUCUCAUAGUGGAUCAGCCGCAACAGAUCAAAGGCAGAUAUCGCGAGAUUCACAUUCAUGUCCUUUGUUGUUAAUAAAGUGGAUGCAAUUUAAAUUCUGUUGCUUUUUAAUGAAAAAUAAAUAUGAUGAACAAGAUAAUCAAUGUAACUUUUAUUUAAUUCCCCCCAUAAGACGUGUCUUUCCAUACAUUUUGUGUUUAAUAAAGACAUGUAUUUUAGAUAUUUCAGAAAUAUGAUACCAAUAACAUAUCCCAUACAGAGAUUCCACUGUCAUAGUGUUGGGGAUCUUCACAUAUAAUUUAUACAUGUAAUUCUUUUUUUUUUUAAAGAGAACACAACAUCACGGUUGUUUUAGCCAGUGAGCAUUACGCUGUGUCGCCAGCAAGUAAUUUCCAACUGUGCUUGCUGUUCGUGCAUCUCGGAAAACUGCGCCGCCUGGCUGCUACAAUUGCGGCGGCCACGCUCUCGCGGGAGUAUUUUUGACAUACGUUGUCAUGACAUCACAGCAAGUCGGACUGAUUUCUAAACGGCAUGCACCUGCCGGUGAUCAGUAAACUGUUUUUUACUGUGCCUUAUGGGAAUUUCUAGGGAGUGAAAGUUUCAGUGCACUGUAUGAUUUUGUCAAUGGGACAGCCCUCUCCCUGACCAGUGUACUGACUACUGAGACGAGCAGGCUUUCUCUCUUGCACCUGAAAGGAUCAUUUCAAGAGCAACCAUUAUGGGGCAGCACACCACCAUCAUUUGCCAUUCAGAUGAUCCAAAAAGUUCCCUGUCCGUUUCACAUUAACAUGAUUUAGCCAAACAGGAUAUGUUCCUGUAACAACAUAUUUCAGUUAUAAAAAUACACUUUCCUUUAUACAUUCAUAUACAUUUUAAACCUAAAAUUGUGAGUUUGAUUGAAAAAAAAAGAAAAAAGUUACUGGACAUAUAAUAUGCUUCAACUACCCUUGUACUUAUGAUGGAACUGAUCUUUUGACCUUGAUUAGAAGUAAUUGCAAUAAAGGAUCUAGAAUUUAUUUAUUUAUUUAUGCA